UCUGUUGUCGCAACAUAAAGAUGGUGUGGACAGCUAUGUCUCCCUCAUGCUGCUGCCAGAUAAAAGCAAGGCCACUAAGAAAAAAACAGGAGUGAAGAAGAGAGACCUCAACCCAGAAUUUAAUGAAAGGUUUGAGUAUGAUCUGCCUAAGGACGAGAUAAGAUUCAGACGCCUCAGUGUAUCAGUGAAAAAUAACUCCUCUUCAUUCAGAAGCCGAGACGUCAUUGGACAGGUGCAGCUCGAGUUGGCUGAGGUGAACCUCGUGUCUGGUGUCACAGAAUGGUUCACUCUCAAGGAUGAAGCUGAAUAGAAAUCGCUGCUUGCUGAUGCCGUAGUACAGCGAUGAAAACGUCAUCAUUCAAAUCCUGCUGCUGCUAAUCACACCGAUGCCUUCUCCUCUGUACUUCUGCACACAGUGCCAGCAUGGCAGCCUUACCUGUAUCCACCCAGCUCACUGUGUUAUAGCAUCUAGUAUAGAAGUGCACAGCUCUCGUAUUCACAUACAACCACAUACAUACAAGUCACCAAAGAUAAGUAGAAAGAAGCAGCUAAGUUAAAAAAAAGGUGUAAGUAAGUUAUGAUUGAAAAUUAUAUGAAGAAAUUGAAUUUAAAGACUGAACAGAGAAAGUGAUGGAUGAAGUGACCUGAAGGUGUCAUGUUACAUUUUAUUGCUUUGUUUGCUCCUUGUUGCUGUGAGAGUGUUUUAAAUCUUGUUUGAAGUGCAGCAACAUUAUAGCUUUUAGUUGAUUUUCAUGUAUCACUCAUGAAUUUUAAUGCCAUUUCAGUAUUUUAAUCUUGUUUUUUUUUACCAGCUUAAGGUGGAUUUUUUUAUAUUUCACUUUGCCACGCAGCUUUUGAGAGUGCCUUUGGAAAUAGUUUUUGUAUGGUUAUUUUUUUACAGGUGAGGAUGUGUUACACAUAUUUCCCCAGUUAUGGUUUAAUUUGUGUAUAUUUGCAAAGGUCAUUGAUCAGGUGGGAAAAUGUUAUUGAAAAGAUGGCAACAAAAAUAAACUGAUUUUGCACAGCUCACAUUUCUGCAGAA